AUCUUUUGGUGACCCUAACACCACGAUGUAUAAAAUACCUUUCUGGCCAGGUGACACAUUAUAUACUUCUCAGGCACUAGACAAACCUAGUUGUAAGCCGCUAUACGAUGAGACCAAUGACUAUAUAAACGAAGACCAUAUCCACGAGUUUGCAAAAGCUCUCGUGUGGGACAGUGAGGAAGACCUUGGAGAGAAUGACAUAUCUUUACGCAAUCAAAUGGACGCUCUUGGCGCUGUGGACGGCGGAGAUAUGGCUGCUGGGCUCUCACCUACGCGACGCUCGUCCAAACCCGACCUAAUCGUCUCCAAAAGUGACUGGUAUCCUGUUCACACUCCGAUGGCAGCAAGUGAUUCCAACACAAAAGAACCACGCUCGAAGCGGGCUUCGAAGCUGAACGACUCCAAACAUGCCACCAACGAGUUCCGGGCCAGUGCCGGCUACCUUUUGUUGCGGUGGCCGAUUCUUAUCGGUGUGUUGAUGUGGAUGGGGUUUUUGGGAGGAUGCUACUCGGCUGUGCGGUUUUGGGUAGCGCUCCUGGAGUAUUAUUUCACCUGGACCGGCGACAGAAAGCGGCUCAGAGACCGACUCAGAGCGUCGAAGACGUACGAGGAGUGGGUUGCCAAUGCAUUGGCGUUGGACCGGUUUCUUAAUCUUGAUAAAUGGUCAAGUAACCCCAAGUUUUCAUACUACGACUACAAAACACUACGACUCACGAUCAACAAGUUGCGACAACUCAAGAACGCCAACAUGGAUUCGGAGCUCUUGAUAAUGCUCCAAGGAUGUGUGAAGACCAACUUUGCUGGUAUUGAAAAUAGACAGUUGUACUCCCACCGGUACUAUGGCACCAAGAAUCUCGUGGAAGACUACAUCCAGUUGGUCACCGAGUGUAUCGACCACAUCACUGACUCGGAAAGCAUUCCAUUUGCCACGAAACGCAAGUUUUUCCGGUUUAUUCUGAAGAAUUAUGGCAAAACUGCCUUGUGUUUGAGCGGAGGAGCCUGUUUUGCGUAUACUCAUUUUGGGGUGAUCAAGGCCUUGCUUGAUAACAACCUCCUUCCAUCGAUAGUGUCGGGGACGUCCGGGGGUGGGGUGGUGGCAGCUUUGGCGUGCACACGGACAGAUGAAGAAUUGAAGAAGUUGUUGGUACCUGAAUUAGCCCGGAAAAUCACCGCCUGUGAGGACCCCUGGUGGGUGUGGGUUCCGAGGUUCUGGCGGACCGGGGCCAGGUUUGACUCCAUUGCCUGGGCCAGAAAGUGUAACUUUUUCACCAAGGGAUCCAUGACUUUUCAAGAAGCUUUUAAGUACACCGGCAGAAAGUUGAACGUUUCUACCGUGCCAGCGGACCCCCAUUCGCCCGUGAUUCUCUGCAACAACAUCACGUCGCCCAACUGUAUCAUCUGGUCGGCACUUUUGGCAUCGUCGGCGGUGCCGGGGAUCUUGAAUCCGGUGGUGUUGAUGAUGAAAAACCCAGAUAAUGGUCGAGUGGUGCCAUUUUCAUUGGGAAACAAGUGGAGAGAUGGGUCCUUACGCACCGACAUCCCUAUCGACGCCUUGAAUACCUACUACAACGUCAACUUUUCGGUGGUAUCGCAGGUGAACCCGCACAUCUCUCUCUUUUUCUACGCUCCAAAGGGUACGGUGGGCAGACCAGUGGCUCUUCCCCGGCGUUACACCAACCGGCAGAAGUACGCAUCGUUCAGAGGGGGUUUUUUGGGGGCAGCGGUGGAACAGUUGUUGCGGCUUGAAAUCACCAAGUGGUUGAAGAUCAUUAAGAACUUGGACUUGCUUCCACACUUGCUUGAGCAGGACUGGCUGAACAUUUGGUUGCAGAGGUUUUCUGGAACCAUCACCGUGUGGCCCCGGAACCGGAUCCUGGACUUUUUGUACAUCUUGAGUGACCCCACAGUGGAGCGGUUGGAGGAGAUGCUCAUGAAAGGUCAGAGGUCGAUGUUUCCUAGAUUGUUAUUUAUCAGGCACAGAAUGACUAUAGAACGGGCCAUCGAGAGAGGCAGAAAAGCCACGAGGUUGGGCAACAAGUAUGAGACUAGUCAUGUGAUGAGCCUGGCGGGUACGGUCAAUGAUACCGAAGUGCACGGAGUGCGGUACCACGGGGAUGACGAUGAGACGGGCUCGAGUGAGGAGGAUGUUACGAUGUUGGAGUCGCCGUUUGCGAGGCAGUUUGGUUGGGAAGAGCAGGUGUCUGCGUCGAGCCGGACGGCUAGUCCUGAGGUGACGGAGGAUGAAUUGGAGGAGCCAAGGGAGCCUAAGAGACGGUAUACGGUUUUGUAGAAGGACUCUGCACUGAACGAGUGGACACAAUGGUGUCACUGUGAGUAUUGAAUCUUAUAGAAUACGUACAGGAGCAUGAACUCUGCCUAUCCAGUACCUAACUUGAACUCUGCCUAUUCAGUGCCUAACUUGAACUCUGCCUAUUCAGUGCCUAAAACAUGAAAUCCUAUCUCGCCUUGGUAAAGUACGCAUUCACCUUGUUACAGUCUGCCACCUCUCCCUCGGCCUCAACUAUGUACUCCAAAUAGUCGAUAGCCAAAGGAAUACCCUUCUGUUCGAGCACCUCUUUCUCCUGAAGCCUGAAAUUCGAUAGCACCCACGUAGCAAUGGUGUCCUUGGUGGCGCUGACGGGCUUGGGCCCGAUCCCCACCCCUAAUUUAUAGAAAUUCUUCAUCUCCUGAAACACCCUCAGCACCGAUUUCACUCCAUUAUGAGAUUCAUUCUUCUUGAACUGAGAGAUCCGUACACGGCCCAAGUCCAACUCAAAGUCAUCGUACAAUACAAUAACGAUUGCUGAGUCUGGCCGUUUCUUAUUUGCCUCAAAGUACCGUUUGAGGGCUUUUUCAGACUCAUUCAUAUAGCAGUUGGACUUGACGAAUGUGAUAUUGUUAAUGGAGCUCAGCGAAUACACCCCCGAUUUCUGUAGCUGUUUGGCCCCAAAGUGCUCCAUGGCGGCUUUGAGCACAAGAUGUCCACAUGAGUGGCGUGCGAUGGCCCCCGGGUUUCCGAUGGAGAAUAUCACAAACUGGCUGUCGCUCAUGAGUAAUGUUUUGCAACAGUCGCGA